AUGGCUUCGCCGGACGGGCCCCGCGGCGGCCGCGGCGCCAAGAAGAGCCUGGCCGCGCGCAACGCCGCCGUGGAGAGGAGGAACCUCAUCACCGUCUGCAGGUUUUCUGUCAAGACUUUGAUUGACCGGUCCUGUUUUGAGACUAUUGAUGACUCUUCUCCGGAAUUCAACAAUUUUGCAGCAAUUUUGGAACAGAUUUUAAGCCACCGAUUGAAAGGUCAAGUCACCUGGUUUGGCUACGAAAGCCCUCGUAGCUUCUGGGAUUAUAUCAGAGUGGCCUGUCGAAAGGUUUCCCAUAAUUGUAUUUGCAGCAUUGAGAACAUGGAAAAUGUCAGCUCCUCCAGAGCCAAGGGCAGAGCCUGGAUCAGAGUAGCCCUGAUGGAAAAACAUUUGUCGGAAUAUAUCUCCACCGCUCUGAGAGACUUCAAAAUAACAAGGCGAUUUUAUGACGAAGGAGCGAUCGUCCUGGGAGAGGAAGCAAAUAUGCUUUCCGGCAUGCUACUUGGUCUCAAUGCCAUUGAUUUCAGCUUCUGCCUAAAAGGAGAGGGACUAAAUGGCAGCUUUCCGGCCGUAAUAGACUACACACCGUACUUGAAGUUCACCCAAAGUUCUGAUAGCAUCAGCAGCGAUGAAGAAGAAUUAAGGACCCUGGGAAGUAGCGGUAGCGAAAGCAGCACUCCGGAGGCUAUCGGGCCCCCGCUCCUCAUGGAUGAAAACCGCUGGUUCAUUAAGUGCAAAAGAGUCGAGCAGAAGUAUCGACUUAUCCUAGAACAGAAGGGUUAUCUUGAAGAGCUGGUAAGACUUCGGGAAAAGCAGCUAUCGGAAUCUGCGUCUCAAAACAAACUGUUAUUCCAGAGGAUAGAAGAUUCUGAUUUGGCCCAUAAAUUGGAAAAGGAGCAGCUGGAAUACAUAAUUCUGGAAUUGCAAGACCAGCUGACUGUGCUAAAGAAUAAUGAUUUAAGAUCAAGACAAGAGUUAACUACUCACCUCACCAACCAGUGGCCUUCCCCAGGAGCCUCGGAUGGCAAUGCUGUAGCCCUGGACACAUUGCUUUACCGAAAGCACAGUAAACAGUGGGAUGAGAAAAGUUUUCAAAGUCUGGACCAAUUAGGAGAAGGGAACCUUUCUCAGUCAUCUCUGGACCCAGGCCAUUCGCAGGAUGGAGAUGAAAAAGAAGGGAUAUUAAACCUACUAAGUGAAGGGCAGGAGGGGACCCCUUCCAUGCUUGGGCUCUGUGGCUCGCUCACCUCGGUAGCGAGUUACAAAUCUCUGACCAGCCCGAGAUCCACCGACUAUCUGGCAAGUCCUACCACCGAGAUGACCAGCCCGGGCCUCACUCCAUCUUGAGACAGUGUCGGGGGCAGCGAGCUCCGUGUCGGAUCGCGUCUCGCGGCUUUCCAUCGGGCCGACCCCCGGGAAGACGUUUUGGUUUGAAACCCCGUGCGGGGGACUGAACGACAGCCGCAGGAAACACGGAAUCACCUCUCCUCUCCUCCCUGAGGCUGAUGGCCGCGGGGUCCCCUCUGGGUGCAUCUUUCUCGUCUUAAUUUCUCUCAUGCCCUCAUCACCCACGAAUGGGGCGUUUUCCCCAGGUGAACGGGGACCCUUCCGAAGAGUUCCCCUGAAAUAGGAACCUCGAGCGAACGUUUGCGGCUUAGGAAAGUCCUUCCGGCACGCCGGAGUUGCAAGGAGUCUCCGCGGCUGCGAUCUGCGGGCCCUGGUUCUGGCGCGAGAACGCCAACCAGCGCAGUUUUGCUCGAUUAAAAGGGAUCGGGAUCGAACGUCCGCAGGAGAAAUGACUCCCUUCCACCUGCUUCCACCCUUUUCACACGGCGUCUCGGAGCACGGAAGCAUAUUUCCUUUAUUUUUUAAGCGCUCUUCAGUUGUCAAUUACCAGCGACUAGGGAUUUGUUUCCACUUAACCAUUUUAUAACUUUUGUAGGAACUUGCCCUUCUGGACAGUUGCUCUCACCAACAGAUUUCGGAUAAGGCCUUGAAGACGGCAUUUCCCACAGCUCAGACGCACUUAAGGGAACUGACGUACCGACACCCCGCCCCGCGGCCCCCACAAAACCCGACCCCAAUCCAGAUUUCCCCACUAUUUGAAGAAAGGCCAAUUGAGAAAUGCCCAGGAUAACCCUCCCUCGCACCUCAAAACAAUCCAGCCGUUUCAAACGCUUCCCAAAAAGGGACAAAUGGGAGAAGACCAGUCUAAAAGGGAGAAGUUGAGCCAGAAGUAGUGCUGGGAAUUGCGGAGGCUCUCGGGUAAGGGUAAACGGAGUCACCACCGGAAGAAUAAACCCUUGAUAAAAACAAGUCUCUCAAUAAGGGUCUUUCCGGGGGCUAGGCUUUGUGGUGAAAUGCCCACCCACACCACCCGCUCUUUAACUCCAGUUAGCGUUUCCCCAAACCCCCAUGAACUCUUCUGUCUCUUUACCUUUUUAACGGGAACGGUUUCCAGAGAGAUUUAAAAGUGACGUCUCCCGAGGCCGCACGUGAUCUCUCUUCCAAAAGGGCCGCGUUUUAAACUCGGCAUGAAACCCUCCAAAGCCACCGUGUCUCGCGGAGUAGCCGCCGUCUUCGUUCUUGCGGGUGGGGGAGAGGCUCUGUCACGCCAAAGAAGUUUCACAAACUGUUUACAAGAAGCGAAGCGGCUGCCCCGGGGGUAGGGGAAAUCAUCCUCAUGACAGCUUCCAGCGGAAUCUGUCCCUGGUGCACUCGGAGGUGGUGCGGGUGUUUCGUUUCGCCCCCCUUUCCCACCUGGCCGGGCGGAGGGAGGGAGAGAUCAGAAGCGGGGGGCUUCAAUUGGCCUUUUUUAGGGGGAGAGAACGGUUUGGGGAGCCCCCAGUGACUUCAGCCUCUUCCUCUGCCACUCUGAGGGGAGACUGAGGCCCAAUUCGGAGGAUUUGAGCCGGGCUUCUAGAAAGACUGCCGGGACAGCCCGGGCACCAGCAGAGAGGGGGUCAGGAUCCCUCCUUCUCCCCUCCCGCCCCGGUUUUCGGCUUGGGGUUACACAAAACGGAAUCCCCGCUCCAUCACUGGUCAAUUUCCAGGAUCGGUUUAUUCAGCAGACGCGCACGGAAACUCCCGCUUUGACCACGUCGCCACUACCUUCACGUUUACAUCCUUUCCCCCGGCGAGUCACGGUACUUCAGAGCUCUCUGACUCGGAUCAGGGCGUCUAACCGGGCCUACGGACGGCUCCGCCUCUCGGAGCGACGGGUGGAAAGUUGAUCUUUUCAUGGAAUUUCAGCUCCCCGCGUAAUCGUCGUAGAGUAAGUGUCCGACUGUGCAUGAGGAAACUGUUUUAGGUGUCGUCAGCGUAAAGGAAAACAGACUGCGGCAUUAAUGGCAAAAUGUGUGUGUUGUAUCGAUGUGUUUCUGUUGCACGUAAAUUAAACAUUUUGUACCAUUCA